CUUUGCGUAUUUGCGCAUUUCCAAAAUCGUUGAAUUUGGAAAUUUGGAAAGUAUUUAUCGAUGGAUUCCGUAGAAAAAACGGCAAAAAGCGAAUCAUCUCCUUCACCGGAGUAGGGUUUCGCUGUCGGCAAUGGCCGCGUUCGCGCAGGAGCAGCUAGACGCGCUGGUCAACGGCAUGUAUCGCGAGGGUUUUCUUGAUGAGCAAUUCCAGCAGAUUCGGGCGCUGGAUGAAGGGGGGAGUCCUGAUUUUCUUGUGGAGUUGCUUGGUUUGUUCUGUGCUGAUACAGAUAGGAUGUUGAACGAAGCGGCCCUUUUAUUAAAUCAACCAAUUGUGGAUUACAAGAAGGUGGAUGCUUAUUUUCACCAGUUGAAAGGGAGCAGUGCAAGUGUUGGUGCCCAUAGUUUCAAAUUAACGUGCAUGCUUGUCCGUGAUUCCUGUGAUAAAAAUGACAAAGAGAGUUGCUUGGAGGCAUUGAACCUGGCCAAACAGAGGUUUUAUGAACUGUCCAAGAGAUUAAAUAUCAUGAUACAGCUGGAACAGGCAGUUUAUGCCCACAAAGCUGGAAAGUAAACUAAGCAAAAGCCCCUGUCUGAAGGAUUUAAUUAACCAGAUUCUCAGCCUUCUCUUUUAUUAUUGGUGAUUGAGGUGGCAAACCAGACAAACUGUACAGGUCCUUUAACAGGUUUUCAUAUGCCCUUAAUGGCAAAAUCCUUCAGGCUUUAAUGGCAGAACUGUUUGGAAACUGUUUUUUUUUUCCCUUUUUGUAUAUGUAUCCUUCCUUUAGAACUAGAAAGUUAAUUUAGACAAGGAAAUUGUUUGUCAUAAUGGCAUCUAAUAUUUCCAAAUCUUAAUAAACUUUGAAAUAUUUGAUAUUGAUACCAUUUAUAUGAGGAUAUUUUGAUAUAA